AUGGGCCCGCGCAAUUUGCAUUCAUACGAAUUUAUUCCACUCCCACUCUGGCCGGUCGUGUAUCCCGAGAACAAAACCCAGCGCGCCUACCAGACAUUCCAGGCUUCGCACUAUCUAAUGAAACACCAGAUCGAUUCCGGGAAGUCCCUUGGUAUCUUCGACAAGGAAUACCAAUACAAGCGACCCGAGUCUGCAGCCACUGGAGGCAAGCUUUACUGGAAUCUGGAAGAUGAGAAUGCCACCGAAAGCGAUCUCGCAGAACAGAUGGAUUUCCCUCUAGUCUCAAUUGCCAUGGCCUACGAUGGCAUCGACGAGUUGGACAUGGCUCAGAUCAUACCUCUGAUAGAAAAACUGCCCUUGUUUGAAACGGUUUACCGCGCCCUCGAGGAGCGUGACCAGCGCGAUCCUGCUUCGUGGAAGCCUACUGCGCGCGGACAGGUCCUGAUGCGCAACGCGACCAACACCGUCCGUUCUUAUUCUGGUUGUGGGCUUAUGAGGCUGCUCGCUGAAGAGAUGAUGAGACGUUCGGCUGCUGAAGGGUUCCGCGGUAUCCAGAUCGAGAGCAUCUCUCCCGCUGUGCAGAAGGUGUGGUCUAACCCGCCGGCACCGUUCAAGGGGACUAUCAUCAGUCAGUUUCACACGACGACGUUUGAAGAGAAAGAUGAGUCGGGGGAGGUUUUGUAUCCGUUCCGACCGGCGAAUGUGAAUAUUUCCAAGAUCUUUGUCGACCUCCGGUCUUGA